CUAAAGCGAGCGGUUCGUGUGCCGGGAAAUCGGAAAACGUUGUUAGAGACUCUUCUCAAGCGGCAAAUUGGACAAUUUAUGAUUUUUUGUGCUGUGACAAAUGCGAUUUAUUUUGUGGACAAUAGUGGAAUUUUGGCAAUCAACUAGAAUUGUUCUGUGCGAACCAUAAAUAUUGGCUACCAAAUAGUGCGGAAAAAUAAAACAAAUACUCUUAAAUCUUAAAAAUUGCUUAAAAAAAAUAAAAACAAAACAUUAGUUGACCCCUUGGCAACACUUGCAUUUUCCCUCACGACCAAACCGCCCAAUAACUCCCGACUGACACACAUUUGAUGAGAACAAAUAGCAAACUUAAAUAAAUCAACCGAAAAUAAUGUCAAAGAAAUCAAUGGCAGGCCACGGCAGCUGCAACAUGUUGCUGCUGUGUCUGCUGCUGUUGCUGCCGUCCGUCUCCCCAAUUCGCUUGCCCAAGAACAGCGGCAACAAUGCAACAGCAACAGGAACAGCGGCGACGACAGCAACAUCUGCCAGCAGCAACAAUGCCAAUGCCAAGGCUGGUAGCAAAUAUGAGAUACGCGGCGUUGCCGGUGAACCAAAUUACAAAUCGGUGAAUCUGACCUGGGAAGUUGAAUUCGUGCCGUCGGCCCAUGACACAGAUUCGAGACCCAAUACCAACUCCAACUUCAACUCCAGAGUGGGCCAGGUGAACGCGACAAAUAUGAGCGGCGAUGUGGAACCGCCCCGGGCCCUGGCAUUCCAGAUAUUCUACUGUGAGAUGCAGAACUAUGGCCCACAGCGGUGUCGCGUCAAAUUGGUGAAUGGCACCACUGCCGAAGUGCCCCAGGAGGAGACGGAUAAGGAGAUGGACCAGCAGGACGAGCACGAUCCCUUAGGUUCUCAGGUGCAUCACUUCGCCGCUGCUGUGGACAACUUACGAAUGGCCACCAAAUACAGUUUUCACAUUCGUCCAGCGGCCCAGAAGCGCCUCCAGGCGGGCGGAACUCGCAGCUCCAAUGCUCGAGCUGAAUUCCACGAUGAGAAUGAGAUCGAGAGUGGAGCUGGGCAUCUGCCGGGCCAGAGUAUUGUCAUACCCACCAAAGGCUUCACCGCGCAUGCCACCCAGUGCUUGCCACAUGCCUCGGAAAUCGAAGUAGAAACGGGUCCUUAUUUCGGAGGACGUAUCGUCGUGGAUGGUGGAAACUGCGGCAUCAAGGGAGAUGCUAGUGAUUCCGCGGACAAGUACACGAUGAGGAUCGAUCAUAAAGAGUGCGGAAGUUUGGUGAAACCUGAGACCAACACGGUGGAGACUUUUAUCACGGUCCAGGAAAACCUUGGCAUUUUUACCCACAGCACAAGACGCUUUGUGGUGGUCUGCAGCUAUCAAUCAGGAAUGCAGACUGUGCGUGCAAGCUUCACUGUACCCGGAAAGAACGGAGUAGCUGCUGCCUACGAGCCCAACGAUCCUUUCCAACCCGAUGAUGACCAGCGCUUGGGCAGGGAACUCCGUCAGAUGCGCUACGUCAACAAGACGGAACUGGUGCUGAGGGAACCGGAAUCCAAGUCCAAUUCCGAAUCCGAUUCAGAGUCCAUGGAGCAGGCAGCGGUGGUGGAGCAAACGCAGCCACCCACCACUGAACAGGCUUCUCAACCCAGAGGUCAGGGUAGAGCUCUGAACCUCAACGAGGUCAAUAGCUUGGCGGAAGAGCCCGCGGAGGGACACCAUUUAGAGCCAGUGGUGGGCACAAAGUACGCCAAACUGGUUGUGGACCAGACACACAACUCCUGGAUGCCGGUAGAGGUGGGCUCGCCACCAGGUGGUAACGUCGAGGAUGAAGCUGUACUGCGCUAUAUUGGCUCCCAUCUGAGCAGCGUGCUGGUAACCGUUUCGCUAUCUGUGAUAAUCAUCAGCAUUUGCCUCGUUCUGCUGCAGCGCCAGCGGAUCCGCUCGCCUCCCCGCAGCCCCUCUCCCUGUUUGGCCGCCCACCUGCCGCACAAGACGCUGCCGCGUGCUCUGCAGCAGCAGCAGUACCAGUGCACCUUGUAGGUGCAUCCUCUCUCCAAUAACCACCGACUGCUCCGCCUCGUCCUCCGAUUUCCAGCUAUCUAUGCCCACUUGUCUUGCUGAAUGUCAAAAAAUAUAAAAGGAAAGAAAGAGAACUCCAUUUAGCUGAAGAUGACUGCGCAUAGCCACGCCCCCUCAAAACCCGACUCCUGGAACUAAGGUUCCCCACUCAACGGUACCAGCGGGAUCAGCAUCCUCCGAUUUACAUAAGUUAAGUCGACUUUGACACUGGCCAAGCUUUAACUGCGAUUACGAGGGAGGACGACCGGGCAAAAGGCACUUCUCAUAGAGCGAGAUUAGUCUGUAGAUUCCUAGAUGUAAGAUUUUUGUAUAAAUUAUUUAUGACCGGAAAAUAUAUAU